AUGCCGGAGAGUUCUUACCGCCCGCCGGCUACUCAGGUUUCUUCUAGUGGGCCUUCUGGUAUUCAGGUACAGCAGGGGCAGCAGCCCAUGACUCCAGCACCAGCGGUCCAACCGCCUAGAGGUGGAGAGCAGAUUGGUAGAGGUCGUUCCAGGGGUAGAGGCCAGACAGGGAGAGGUCAGACAGCUGCUACUCAGUCAGUUGGAGGCCAGACAGGCGGUGCUCCAGCUAGAUUCUAUGCUCUCACAGCCAAGCCAGAUAUGCGGAUGUGCAUUGAUUACCGCCAGUUGAACAAAGUCACCAUAAAAAACAAGUAUCCAUUAUCCCGUAUUGAUGAUUUGUUUGACCAGCUGCAGGGUGCUAGGGUGUUCUCUAAGAUCGACCUGAGGUCAGGGUAUCAUCAGUUGAAGAUUCGGGAUUCAGAUGUCCCGAAGACCGCAUUCAGGACUAGAUAUGGCCACUAUGAGUUCCUGGUGAUGUCAUUUGGCUUGACUAAUGCUCCAGCGGUAUUUAUGGAUCUGAUGAAUAGGGUGUUCAGGCCUUAUAUUGAUUCUUUUGUCAUCGUCUUCAUUGACGACAUCCUGAUAUACUCACGUAGCCUGGGGGAGCACGAGCAGCAUUUGAGAGUAGUGCUUCAGACCUUGCGAGAGCAGCAGCUUUAUGCUAAGUUCUCUAAGUGU